UUCAGUUUCCGCUGCAUUUUUUUCUCGUAAAAUUAUAACUUCUAGAGUUUAAUUUCAUUUUUAAAGCAAAUAUAUACAGUAUAUAUUAUAUAUUUUUUCGACUAUAAGCCUGCUAUGCUUUGGACUGCUUCUACUCAGAUAAGAUUUUGUUUUUUGGAGAAUUACCUGUGAACUGUGAGGUGUUCCACCCACCUAUUUUAAACCCUAGCUGUGCUGUUUUGUAGCUCCACAUUGUAGAUUUCUGCACCUUAAGUUUACUUUUAUGAUGCCACGUUUUUUUUUAUCAGAAAUUUAAUUUAUAAGUGGAAAUAUUUCAGGCGUCUUCAGUUUUUAGGGAGGAUGGGUGAGUUGAGCCAACCCUUGUUUAUCACUUGAGAUACAUGUUUUGAGCCUCAUACCUCACCGUUUGUCUUGACACCUGUGAGGAGCACGCGAGGAAGACUUUGUCACUGAAGACCCUUAAAGUGACUGUUCCAGUCAUUGCAUGACUGCACAACCCUGACGCAUCUGCAGAGGACAAGACUGCGGCAAUGGAGAGAAUUUCAAAUGAAAGUGACUUAUGGCAAUUUAACGAAACCUGGCGGAACUCAAGUCUCGUUAACGGGACCGGUUGGCUGAAUCAGACGAACCCUCUGAAGAGGAAUGAGGAGGUGGCGAAGGUGGAAGUGACUGUGCUCGCCCUGGUGCUGUUUCUGGCGCUGGCGGGGAACCUGUGCGUCCUGCUGGCCAUCCACACCACCAAACACAGCCAGUCCCGCAUGUACUACUUCAUGAAACACCUGAGCAUCGCAGAUCUAGUUGUGGCGAUAUUUCAAGUUCUCCCACAACUUAUCUGGGACAUCACGUUUCGGUUUUAUGGACCGGAUAUUUUGUGUAGGUUAGUGAAAUACCUACAGGUCGUUGGGAUGUUCGCUUCCACUUACAUGUUAGUUUUGAUGUCCGUAGACAGGUGUUUGGCAAUUUGUCAGCCUCUUCGUUCUUUGCACAGGAGAAAAGACCGUUUCUAUGUGAUCUUCUCCUGGGUGCUGAGUCUGCUCUUCAGUAUCCCACAGAUGUUCAUUUUCUCCCUGAUCGAGGUCGGCUCAGCCGGAUCAGGAGUGUAUGACUGCUGGGGUGACUUUGUGAAGCCCUGGGGUGCCAAAGCUUACAUCACAUGGAUCAGCCUCACCAUUUACAUUAUUCCGGUGGCGAUAUUGAGUAUUUGCUACGGACUGAUAAGCUUCAAAAUAUGGCAAAACUUCAAACUGAAAACCAGGCGGGAGCAGUGUAUAAGCCUGACACCAAAAGCCUCCAAAUGCAACACGCUGGCCCGCGUGAGUAGCGUGAAGCUCAUCUCCAAGGCAAAGAUAACUACAGUGAAAAUGACUUUUGUGAUCGUCUUGGCUUAUAUCGUCUGUUGGACUCCGUUUUUCUCCGUUCAGAUGUGGUCUGCGUGGGAUCCAGCAGCGCCCCGUGAAGCCAUGCCCUUCAUCAUCUCCAUGCUGCUGGCCAGCCUCAACAGCUGCUGCAACCCCUGGAUCUACAUGUGCUUCGCCGGGCAUCUGUUCCAGGAUCUUAGGCAGAACUUUCUGUGCUGUUCCACUCGCUACCUCAAAUCAUCCCAGUGCCACUGUGAGCGUGACUUUGACUCCAGUCACAAGAGCAACUCCUCAACCUUUGCCAUUAAGAGUACUAGCAGCCAGCGGAGCAUCACACAGACUUCCACCACAUAAGCACCCACACUUACUUCCCUUCUCAAGCUGCCCACCCUGCCUUUCACCACAUGCCAUUGUCCAUAAAAUAUCCA